AUGAAAAGAUUUGCGUCCAGAUUCAUGAUAGGAAUUUGGUGGUUAUCAAUUCUUGUUUUGAUAUCAAGUUACAGUGGAGCGUUAAUGUCUUUUAUGACUUGUCCAUUAACUGAGUCUUUUCCAAAAGAUUUUCGAGAACUUGCUGUUUUUGUCCGCAACGGUGAAUACUCAUGCGGAACAUACAAGGGAUAUUUUAUUUGGAAAGAUAUCAUGGAAUCGAAAUCAGAAAGUAUUAAUAUUUUAAGUGAAAACAUUUUGUCGAAUAAUAAUUCAAUGGCUAUUGCAGAAGGCAUUAAAAAGGCACAGAAUGAACGAUUUGCAUACAUAAUGUAUAAAACUGUGUUAAAUUACUACAUCAGUAACGUAGAAAGGCAUAAAUACGUGAUGUCGAAAGAUUCUUUUCGUACAUAUAUGUGUGCUUAUACAGUCAGAAAGAAUUUUCCAUUUAAAAAGGAUAUGACAAACAUAGUAACUCGCAUGUUUGAAGCUGGAAUUUUUGAAAAAUUGAAUAAUGAAGAAGUUAAUGAAUUCCAAGAAUCAUCAAAAUUCCGACCAUUGUCAAUCGAAGAUAUUGAAAGUCCUUUGUUACUUAUGGGCAUUGGAUAUCUAAUGUCUUUAAUCUGCUUAAUCAUUGAAAUAAUAUUAACUAAAGUAAUUAAAAUUGUUCCCCGUAAUCCACUUUACUAA